CUAGCGAGCUUCUUUGCUGUUGCCGCCGCCGCCGCCGCUGCUCCCGCGGUUGCUGGGGGUGGAUGAGAGGUGGAGCUGUCGAGUGCCAGGUGGUAUCCGUCUCUUGCUGCUUUUGCCUGGGGAGUCUUCCUUCUUACGUCGCACCCUGACUCCGGUGGUGCCAAGGGGGAGUCCCUGCGGACACCUCGACACGCAGUGGCGAUGCCUCUCUUUGCCACCAAUCCCUUCGACCAGGAUGUUGAGAAAGCUACCAGUGAGAUGAACACUGCUGAGGACUGGGGCCUCAUCCUGGAUAUUUGUGAUAAGGUUGGCCAAUCCCGCACUGGACCUAAAGAUUGUCUUCGGUCUAUUAUGAGGAGGGUGAACCACAAAGACCCUCAUGUUGCUAUGCAAGCACUGACUCUUCUAGGAGCAUGUGUAUCAAACUGUGGCAAAAUUUUUCACUUAGAAGUAUGUUCAAGAGAUUUUGCUAGUGAAGUAAGCAACGUAUUAAAUAAGGGUCACCCUAAAGUAUGUGAGAAGUUAAAAGCUCUUAUGGUUGAAUGGACUGACGAAUUUAAGAACGAUCCGCAGCUUAGUCUGAUAUCAGCAAUGAUUAAGAACCUUAAGGAGCAAGGCGUUACUUUCCCAGCUAUUGGCUCUCAGGCUGCAGAACAAGCCAAAGCAAGCCCAGCUCUGGUAGCCAAGGACCCUGGUACUGUGGCUAAUAAAAAAGAAGAGGAAGAUUUAGCGAAAGCCAUUGAGUUGUCUCUCAAGGAGCAAAGGCAGCAGUCUACUACCCUUUCCACUCUGUAUCCAAGCACGUCCACCCUUUUAACCAACCACCAACAUGACGGCCGGAAGGUUCGAGCCAUAUAUGACUUCGAAGCUGCUGAAGAUAAUGAACUUACUUUUAAAGCUGGAGAAAUUAUCACAGUUCUUGAUGACAGUGAUCCAAACUGGUGGAAAGGUGAAACCCAUCAAGGCAUCGGGUUAUUUCCCUCUAAUUUUGUGACCGCGGAUCUCACUGCUGAACCAGAAAUGAUUAAAACAGAGAAGAAGACGGUACAAUUUAGUGAUGAUGUCCAGGUAGAGACGAUAGAGCCCGAGCCGGAACCAGCUUUUAUUGAUGAAGAUAAAAUGGACCAGUUGUUACAGAUGUUGCAAAGUACAGAUCCCAGUGAUAAUCAGCCAGAUCUGCCAGAGCUACUUCAUCUUGAAGCAAUGUGUCACCAGAUGGGACCUCUCAUUGAUGAAAAGCUGGAAGACAUUGAUAGAAAACAUUCAGAACUCUCAGAACUUAAUGUCAAAGUGAUGGAGGCGCUUUCAUUGUAUACUAAGUUAAUGAAUGAAGAUCCAAUGUAUUCCAUGUAUGCAAAGUUACAGAAUCAGCAGUAUUACAUGCAGUCAUCUGGUGUGUCUGGGGCACAGGUCUACCCAGGCCCUCCUCAGAGUGGUGCUUACCUGGUUGCAGGGAGUGGACAGAUGAGCCAUCUGCAGAGCUACAGCCUUCCCCCGGAGCAGCUGUCUUCUCUGAGUCAAGGCGCAGUUCCUCCGUCCGCCAGCCCAGCCCUUCCUAGCCAGCAGACCCCAGCUUCCUACCCCAAUGCAAUGGUUAGUUCUGUUCAAGGAACUACGUAUCCCAACCAGGCCGCAAUGUAUAGUCCUCCUCCUGCCGCCGCUGUUGCUGCAACUGCUGACGUCACAAUCUACCAGAACGCAGGAGCUAGUAUGUCCCAGGUGCCAAACUAUACCUUAACGUCGUCCGCCCUGCCUCAGCCCGGAGCCAGCCAGCAGCCACCUCAGCCACAGCAACCCUAUUCUCAGAAGGCUCUGCUAUAGGACCCGGCUUUCUUCUUUGUGGCAGACACCUGCUAAAUGCCGCUGACAAUGUUACAAGAUCCAUUAAUAUUGUAAGAUUUGUUUCUCCUCGGCUUAUAGGAAUCUGUCUUGGUCAACAAAUGCAAAUAUUUAAGAAGGUAGAACUCUCCGAUCAGCACAGACAUUUUAGAGGUUCACCUCUCCUCCCCCAGAGGAAUGAAACUACUUACAACAUUUAAUUUCUUUCAUAAUAUGAAGAAUUGAUACAAGAUUAUUUGUCUCGUAAAAUUACCUGGUCUGCAAAAAAGUCAAACUUACAAAAACUGUUGUGGCAUAUGUUAUGUACAUAUAUUGAUAUAUAACUUCAUUAGUGGCCAUUUGAAUCACAAUGGUGAUCAUGUGAAUAUAUUUAACACUGUUAAAUUAAUUUACUUUGAUAUUUUAUUUUAAUCAUGACAGUUACUCUGUUUCCUAAUGUUUUCUGUAAAUUUAAGGUAAUUACACUAUCCUUUCAACUGCGAGAGAACAAAGUUGUAACAUGUUCAUGUGAAGGCGUUGUUGUCCAACCUUCCUUUUAAUAAUUGACUAAUUGUGAGCUAAACUUAAGUAUAUUAUGUCUCUCUGUAGCCUCUGUGUACUACUGGCUGUCAUCACACCAGCGUACAGUAGCUAAAUUUUUGGUGCAGUUAAGAGAAAUGACCAUGUUCCCUUUUCAGCUUACGUUUUGGCAUGAUAUUUCGGAUACUGUGGGACCAUGAGACAAAAUUAAGUAGGAUCAUGUUCUUUAUAUCUUCUUUUUAAAGAAAUAAUGUCUAUUUCCUUUUUCCUAGUUGAAGAUCGUAAUUAGGUUUCUAAGCUGUAUACUGUGUUAAUUGGUGGCAGUGACACCAAAGAUAGAGGCAAUGGAUAGAAAUUUUUAAACUUGAAAGAAAACGUGAGUUACACUACAUUUUCAGUGUCUUGUAAUUAUUUAGGCUAGAAACAGAGUUUGAUUCAUCUGUCUUACCCUACUACUACUAGUCUUUUAAAUAUGUCUUUAACACAUUGUAUUCUUUAAUUCUUCAUUAAAAUGGAUACAAGUUGAUCUUUCAAAGUAACUUAUACUCCUGGCUUUGCUUAUCAGUUUAUGUAUUUCUUGUUACCUUUCAAACUGGAGCUGUGGUCUGCUCUCUGUCCUUUAAAGUUCUGAUGGAAUAACUGUGGCUCGUAUUUGGAAGUAUUUUUGAGUGAAUGUUUUUUUUUUAAUCCAUACAAAAAAUGUUUUUCACUGACAUUUUAAUCAUAAAUAUUUUUAAUUUCCCUGGUUGUGCUCUACUAUAAUUUUAACACCAUAAUUUUAAAAAACUGAAAAAUUGAGUUGAGUGCCAUUUUGAAUGAGUUGACUUAACAGGUUUUAUACCAUAAAUGCAAAUUUGAUUGGUAUUUUCUAAGGUUAUUGUAAUGAGGUAGAUUAUUUGACAAAUGAGUCCAUCUCUGGCAGAUAAUCUUAAUGGUGACUGAUUUCACAGAUUAGGCUUUAAAGCACCCUCUUCAGUUAAGUGUUUUAUGCUGAUGUUGUGUUUUCCUGAGUUUAAAGUAUAUUGUCCUCAAAUACUAAUUUUAAAAUUUCCAUUCAAAUUGCAUUCUUUAAGUACUUUUAUAAGUUACUUUUAAUACACAUUGUUGAAAAGAUUAUAAUCUUUUUUGUUUCAGUUUGAAUAUUGUGGUUUAACUGAUACAUUUUUCCCAAGUCAUAUUGUAUUUUUGUCAUUAAUUUUUGUUUACCACUGUAUUCUCUUAUCACUUUAAUUUUGAUAUCCUUCAUGUUAUAAGAUCAAUUAAAUAUUUUCCAAUA